AUGAUCAACGAAACAAAAAAUCUAAAUGAUAUAUCGAAUAUUUUAACAUUAACUACAAUAAUUAAUCCAAUACAAGCUGUAAAUACGAAUCAAUUUGCUAUUGGAAUAUCAUUAGCACUUGCAUCGAGUUUAUUUAUUGGUACCAGUUUUAUUCUUAAAAAGAAAGGUUUACUUCAAUUAGCUGUAUAUAAUGGAGCUGUUCGAGCAGGAUCAGGUGGUUUUGGAUAUUUACGUGAAUUUCAAUGGUGGGUGGGAUUGGCAAUAAUGGGAUUAGGAGAAUUCUGUAAUUUUGCUGCAUACGGAUUUGCUCCAGCAUCAGUUGUUACACCACUCGGAGCACUUUCAGUUUUAGUUAGUGCUUUAUUGGCUGUUCGAUUUUUGGGUGAAAAAUUAAAUAUAUUGAGUAAAAUUGGUUGUCUUCUUACUAUAUCUGGUUCAAUUGUUAUUAUUAUUCAUGCACCAAAAGAAAGUGAAGUUAAUUCUUUACUUGAUUUUGCUAAUAAAAUCAAAACACGAGAAUUUAUUAUGUUCUCAACACUAACUUGUCUUUCUAUUGCUUGUUUAAUUGUUCAUUAUGGUCCACGAUUAGGUUCAAAACAUGUUCAUAUAUAUAUUUUAAUAUGUUCUCUUUUGGGUGCAUUUACUGUAACAGCAUGUAAAGGUCUUGGUAUUGGUUUAAAAGAAAUCUAUAAUCAUCAAUAUACAUAUUCAAAAGUAUUAACAUUUUCAUGUGCAAUAGUGAUUAUUUGUUGUAUUCUUGUACAAAUGAUUUAUUUAAAUCGUGCAUUAGAUCUAUUUUCUACACCUAUUGUUACAACUGUUUAUUAUGUUUUAUUUACAACAUGUGUAUUAAUAACAUCGGGUAUACUUUUUCGUGAAUGGGAAAAAUUAGCAUUUGUUGAUAUAAUAGCAUGUUUUGUUGGAUUUUCAAUAACAACAUGCGGAUUAGUAUUAAUAAAUUAUUUAAAAACAAAUUUACAAAUAAAUGAUUCUCGUUUUCCAUAUUUUUCAACUGAUUCAACAACAAUAGUCAAUGCGAAACAACAACAUUUUAUUCAAGGCAAAUCUUAUGCCGACCUAUUAGUUGACGAUGAUGAUAAUUUAUCAUCAGUAACGAAUUCUUUCAACGAACAACGUCAACCAAUAUUAUUGAUUGAUGAACGUGAUCUUAACUCAUAG